AUGGUUGCUUGGGCCACAAGCAAGCUCACCCAUUGGUCAACAUAUUGGCCAAUAGGCACUUCUUGUCUCACUCACCAUAGCACUUCUUGUCUAACUCACCAUAGCACUUCUUGUCUCACUCACCAUAGCACUUCUUGUCUCACUCACCAUAGCACUUCAUCAAUUCUUGUCUCACUCACCAUAGCACUUCUUGUCUCACUCACCAUAGCACUUCUUGCCUCUCUCACCCCACCCGCGGGCGCGGCCCUCCCCUCUCCCGGCGGGCGCGCCACCCCACCCGCAGCACAGCCCUCCCCUCUCCCGGCUGGCGUGCGAUCCAACCCGCAGCACAGCCCUCCCCUCUCCCGGCUGGCGUGCGACCCCACCCGCAGCACAGCCCUCCCCUCUCCCAGCUGGCGUGCGAUCCAACCCGCAGCACAGCCCUCCCCUCUCCCGGCUGGCGUGCGACCCCACCCGCAGCACAGCCCUCCCCUCUCCCGGCUGGCGUGCGACCCCACCCGCAGGACAGCCCUCUCCCGGCUGGCAUGGGACCCCACCCGCAGCACAGCCCUCCCCUCUCCCGGCAGGCAUGCGACCCCACCCGCAGCACAGCCCUCUCCCGGCGGGCGUGCGACCCCACCCGCAGCACAGCCCUCUCCGGGCUGGCGUGCGACCCCACUCGCAGCACAGCCCUCCCCCGGCUGGCGUGCGACCCCACCCGCAGCACAGCCCUCCCCUCUCCCGGCGGGAGUGCGACCCCACCCGCAGCACAGCCCUUUCCCGGCUGGCGUGCGACCCCACCCGCAGCACAGCCCUCCCCUCUCACGGCGGGCGUGCGACCCCACCCGCAGCACAGCCCUCUCCCGGCUGGCGUGCGACCCCACCCGCAGCACAGCCCUCCCCACUCCCGGCGGGCGUGCGACCCCACCCGCAGCACAGCCCUCUCCCGGCUGGCGUGCGACCCCACCCGCAGCACAGCCCUCCCCCGGCUGGCCUGCGACCCCACCCGCAGCACAGCCCUCCCCUCUCCCGGCGGGAGUGCGACCCCACCCACAGCACAGCCCUCUCCCGGCUGGCGUGCGACCCCACCCGCAGCACAGCCCUCCCCUCUCACGGCGGGCGUGCGACCCCACCCGCAGCACAGCCCUCUCCGGGCUCGCGUGCGACCCCACCCGCAGCACAGCCCUCCCCACUCCCGGCGGGCGUGCGACCCCACCCGCAGCACAGCCCUCUCCCAGCUGGCGUGCGACCCCACCCGCAGCACAGCCCUCCCCUGGCUGGCCUGCGAACCCACCCGCAGCACAGCCCUCCCCUCUCCCGGCGGGAGUGCGACCCCACCCACAGCACAGCCCUCUCCUGGCUGGCGUGCGACCCUACCCGCAGCACAGCCCUCCCCUUUCCCGGCGGGCGUGCGACCCCACCUGUAGCACAGCCCUCUCCCGGCUGGCGUGCGACCCCACCCGCAGCACAGCCCUCUCCCGGCUGGCGUGCGACCCCACCCGCAGCACAGCCCUCCCCUCUCCCGGCUGGCGUGCGACCCCACCCGCAGCACAGCCCUCCCCUCUCCCGGCUGGCGUGCGACCCCACCCGCAGCACAGCCCUCCCCUCUCCCGGCUGGCGUGCGACCCCACUCGCAGCACAGCCCUCUCCCAGCUGGCGUGCGACCCCACCCGCAGCACAGCCCUCUCCCGGCUGGCAUGUGACCCCACCCGCAGCACAACCCUCCCCUCUCCCGACUGGCAUGCGACCCGACCCACAGCACAGCCCUCUCCCGGCUGGCGUGCGACCCCACCCACAACACAGCCCUCCCUCCUCCAGGCUGGCGUCCGACCCCACCCGCAGCACAGCCCUCCCCUCUCCCGGCUGGCGUGCGAACCCACCCGCAGCACAGCCCUCCCCUCUCCCGGCUGGCGUGCGACCCCACCCGAACACAGCCCUCCCCUCUCCCGGCUGGCGUGCGACCCCACCCGCAGCACAGACCUCCCCUCUCCCGGCUGGCGUGCGACCCCACCCGCAGCACAGCCCUCCCUUCUCCCAGCUGGCGUGCGACCCCACCCGCAGCACAGCCCUCUCCCGGCUGGUGUGCGACCCCACCCGCAGCACAGCCCUCCCCUCUCCCGGCUAGCGUGUGACCCCACCCGCAGCACAGCCCUCCCCUCUCCCGGCUGGUGUGCGACAACACCCGCAGCACAGCCCUCUCCCGGCUGGCAUGCGACCCCACCCGCAGCACAGCCCUCCCCUCUCCCUGCUGGCGUGCCACCCGACCCGCAGCACAGCCCUCUCCCGGCUGGCGUGCGACCCUACCCGCAGCACAGCCCUCCCCUCUCCCGACUGGCGUGCGACCCCACCCGCUUUACAGCCCUCUCCCAGCUGGCGUGCGACCCCACCCGCAGCACAGCCCUCCCCUCUCCCGGCUGGCGUUCGACCCCACCCGCAGCACAGCCCUCCCCUCUCCCGGCUGGCGUGCGACCCCACCCGCAGCACAGACCUCCCCUCUCCCGGCUGGCGUGCGACCCCACCCGCAGCACAGCCCUCCCUUCUCCCAGCUGGCGUGCGACCCCACCCGCAGCACAGCCCUCUCCCGGCUGGUCACAGCCCUCCCCUCUCCCGGCUGGAGUGCGACAACACCCGCAGCACAGCCCUCUCCCGGCUGGCGUACGACCCCACCCGCAGCACAGCCCUCCCUUCUCCCAGCUGGCGUGCGACCCCACCCGUAGCACAGCCCUCUCCUGGCUGGUGUGCGACCCCACCCGCAGCACAGCCCUCCCCUCUCCCGGCUGGCGUGUGACCCCACCCGCAGCACAGCCCUCCCCUCUCCCGGCUGGUGUGCGACAACACCCGCAGCACAGCCCUCUCCCGGCUGGCGUGCGACCCCACCCGCAGCACAGCCCUCCCCUCUCCCGACUGGCGUGCGACCCCACCCGCUUUACAGCCCUCUCCCGGCUAGCGUGCGACCCCACCCGCAGCACAGCCCUCCCCUCUCCCGGCUGGCGUGCGACCCCACCCGCAGCACAGCCCUCCCUUCUCCCAGCUGGCCACAGCCCUCUCCUGGCUGGUGUGCGACCACACCCGCAGCACAGCCCUCCCCUCUCCCGGCUGGCGUAUGACCCCACCCGCAGCACAGCCCUCCCCUCUCCCGGCUGGUGUGCAACAACACCCGCAGCACAGCCCUCUCCCGGCUGGCGUGCGACCCCACCCGCAGCACAGCCCUCCACUCUCCCUGCUGGCGUGCGACCCGACCCGCAGCACAGCCCUCUCCCGGCUGGCGUGCGACCGUACCCGCAGCACAGCCCUCCCCUCUCCCGACUGGCGUGCGACCCCACCCGCUUUACAGCCCUCUCCCGGCUAGCGUGCGACCCCACCCGCAGCACAGCCCUCCCCUCUCCCGGCUGGCGUGCGACCCCACCCGCAGCACAGCCCUCCCUUCUCCCAGCUGGCGUGCGACCCCACCCGCAGCACAGCCCUCUCCUAGCUGGCGUGCGACCCCACCCGCAGCACAGCCCUCCCCUCUCCCGGCUGGCGUGUGACCCCACCCGCAGCACAGCCCUCCCCUCUCCCGGCUGGUGUGCGACAACACCCGCAGCACAGCCCUCUCCCGGCUGGCAUACGACCCCACCCGCAGCACAGCCCUCCCUUCUCCCAGCUGGCGUGCGACCCCACCCGCAGCACAGCCCUCUCCUGGCUGGUGUGCGACCCCACCCGCAGCACAGCCCUCCCCUCUCCCGGCUGGCGUGUGACCCCACCCGCAGCACAGCCCUCCCCUCUCCCGGCUGGCGUGUGACCCCACCCGCAGCACAGCCCUCCCCUCUCCCGGCUGGUGUGCGACAACACCCGCAGCACAGCCCUCUCCCGGCUGGCGUGCGACCGCACCCGCAGCACAGCCCUCCCUUCUCCCAGCUGGCGUGCGACCCCACCCGCAGCACAGCCCUCUCCCGGCUGGUGUGCGACCCCACCCGCAGCACAGCCCUCCCCUCUCCCGGCUGGCGUGUGACCCCACCCGCAGCACAGCCCUCCCCUCUCCCGGCUGGAGUGCGACAACACCCGCAGCACAGCCCUCUCCCGGCUGGCGUACGACCCCACCCGCAGCACAGCCCUCCCUUCUCCCAGCUGGCGUGCGACCCCACCCGCAGCACAGCCCUCUCCUGGCUGCACAGCCCUCCCCUCUCCCGGCUGGCGUGUGACCCCACCCGCAGCACAGCCCUCCCCUCUCCCGGCUGGUGUGCGACAACACCCGCAGCACAGCCCUCUCCCGGCUGGCGUGCGACCCCACCCGCAGCACAGCCCUCCCCUCUCCCUGCUGGCGUGCGACACAACCAGCAGCAUAGCCCUCUCCCGGCUGGCGUGCGACCGUACCCGCAGCACAUCCCUCCCCUCUCCCGACUGGCGUGCGACCCCACCCGCUUUACAGCCCUCUCCCGGCUGGCGUGCGACCCCACCCGCAGCACAGCCCUCCCCUCUCCCGGCUGGCGUGCGACCCCACCCGCAGCACAGACCUCCCCUCUCCCGGCUGGCGUGCGACCCCACCCGCAGCACAGCCCUCCCUUCUCCCAGCUGGCGUGCGACCCCACCGGCAGCACAGCCCUCUCCCGGCUGGUGUGCGACCCCACCCGCAGCACAGCCUUCCCCUCUCCCGGCUGGCGUGUGACCCCACCCGCAGCACAGCCCUCCCCUCUCCCGGCUGGUGUGCGACAACACCCGCAGCACAGCCCUCUCCCGGCUGGCGUGCGACCCCACCCGCAGCACAGCCCUCCCCUUUCCCUGCUGGCGUGCGACCCGACCCGCAGCACAGCCCUCUCCCGGCUGGCCCUUAUCCCAGCUGGCGUGCGACCCCACCCGCAGCACAGCCCUCCCCUCUCCCGGCUGGCGUGCGACCCCACCCGCAGCACAGCCCUCCCCUCUCCCGGCUGGCGUGCGGCAACACCCGCAGCACCGGCUGGCGUGCGACCCCACCCGCAGCACAGCCCUCCCUUCUCCCAGCUGGCGUGCGACCCCACAUUAGCCCUCUCCCGGCUGGUGUGCGACCCCACCCGCAGCACAGCCCUCCCCUCUCCCAGCUGGCGUAUGACCCCACCCGCAGCACAGCCCUCCCCUCUCCCAGCUGGUGUGCGACAACACCCGCAGCACAGCCCUCUCCCGGCUGGCGUACGACCCCACCCGCAGCACAGCCCUCCCCUCUCCCGGCUGGCGUGCGACCAUACCCGCAGCACAGCCCUCCCCUCUCCCGACUGGCGUGCGACCCCACCCGCUUUACAGCCCUCUCCCGGCUGGCGUGCGACCCCACCCGCAGCACAGCCCUCCCCUCUCCCGGCUGGCGUGCGACCCCACCCGCAGCACAGCCCUCCCCUCUCCCGGCUGGCGUACGACCCCACCCGCAGCACAGCCCUCCCCUCUCCCGGCUGGCGUGCGACCAUACCCGCAGCACAGCCCUCCCCUCUCCCGACUGGCGUGCGACCCCACCCGCUUUACAGCCCUCUCCCGGCUGGCGUGCGACCCCACCCGCAGCACAGCCCUCCCCUCUCCCGGCUGGCGUGCGACCCCACCCGCAGCACAGCCCUCCCCUCUCCCGGCUGGCGUGCGACCCCACCCGCAGCACAGCCCUCCCUUCUCCCAGCUGGCGUGCGACCCCACCCGCAGCACAGCCCUCUCCCGGCUGGUGUGCGACCCCACCCGCAGCACAGCCCUCCCCUCUCCCGGCUGGCGUGUGACCCCACCCGCAGCACAGCCCUCCCCUCUCCCGGCGGGCGUGCGACCCCACCCGCAGCACAGCCCUCUCCCGGCUGGCGUGCGACCCCACCCGCAGCACAGCCCUCCCCUCUCCCUGCUGGCGUGCGACCCCACCCGCAGCACAGUCCUCCCCUCUCCCGGCUGGCGUGCGAGCCCACCCGCAGCACAGCCCUCCCCUCUUCCGAUUGGCGUGCGACCCCACCCGCUUUACAGCCCUCUCUCGGCUGGCGUGCGACCCCACCCACAGCACAGCCCUCCCCUCUCCCAGCUGGCGUGCGACCCAACCCGCAGCACAGCCUUCCCCUCUCCCGGCUGGCGUGCGACCCCACCCGCAGCACAGACCUCCCCUCUCCCGGCUGGCGUGCGACCCCACCCGCAGCACAGCCCUCCCUUCUCCUAACUGGCGUGCGACCCCACCCGCAGCACAGCCCUCUCCCGGCUGGUCACAGCCCUUCCCUCUCCCGGCUGACGUGCGACCCCACCCGCUUUACAGCCCUCUCCCGGCUAGCGUACGACCCCACCCGCAGCACAGCCCUCCCCUCUCCCGGCUGGCGUGCGACCCCACCCGCAGCACAGCCCUCCCUUCUCCCAGCUGGCGUGCGACCCCACCCGCAGCACAGCCCUCUCCUGGCUGGUGUGCGACCCCACCCGCAGCACAGCCCUCCCCUCUCCCGGCUGGCGUGUGACCCCACCCGCAGCACAGCCCUCCCCUCUCCCGGCUGGCGUGUGACCCCACCCGCAGCACAGCCCUCCCCUCUCCCGGCUGGUGUGCGACAACACCCGCAGCACAGCCCUCUCCCGGCUGGCGUGCGACCGCACCCGCAGCACAGCCCUCCCUUCUCCCAGCUGGCGUGCGACCCCACCCGCAGCACAGCCCUCUCCCGGCUGGUGUGCGACCCCACCCGCAGCACAGCCCUCCCCUCUCCCGGCUGGCGUGUGACCCCACCCGCAGCACAGCCCUCCCCUCUCCCGGCUGGAGUGCGACAACACCCGCAGCACAGCCCUCUCCCGGCUGGCGUACGACCCCACCCGCAGCACAGCCCUCCCUUCUCCCAGCUGGCGUGCGACCCCACCCGCAGCACAGCCCUCUCCUGGCUGGUGUGCGACCCCACCCGCAGCACAGCCCUCCCCUCUCCCGGCUGGCGUGUGACCCCACCCGCAGCACAGCCCUCCCCUCUCCCGGCUGGCCACAGCCCUUCCCUCUCCCGGCUGACGUGCGACAACACCCGCAGCACAGCCCUCUCCCGGCUGGCGUGCGACCCCACCCGCAGCACAGCCCUCCCCUCUCCCUGCUGGCGUGCGACCCGACCCGCGGCACAGCCCUCUCCCGGCUGGCGUGUGACCCCACCCGCAGCACAGCCCUUCCCUCUCCCGGCUGACGUGCGACAACACCCGCAGCACAGCCCUCUCCCGGCUGGCGUGCGACCCCCACCCGCAGCACAGCCCUCCCCUCUCCCUGCUGGCGUGCGACCCGACCCGCAGCACAGCCCUCUCCCGGCUGGCGUGGGACCCCACCCGCAGCACAGCCCUCCCCUCUCCCGACUGGCGUGCGACCCCACCCGCUUUACAGCCUUCUCCCGGCUGGCGUGCGACCCCACCCGCAGCACAGCCCUCCCCUCUCCCGGCUGGCGUGCGACCCCAUCCGCUUUACAGCCCUCUCCCGGCUGGUGUGCGACCCCACCCGCAGCACAGCCCUCCCCUCUCCCAGUUGGCGUGCGACCCCACCCGCAGCACAGCACUCUCCCGGCUGGCGUGCGACCCCACCCGCAGCACAGCCCUCCCCUCUCCCGGCUGGCGUGCGACCCCACCCGCAGCACAGCCCUCCCCUCUCCCGGCGGGCGUGUGACCCCACCCGCAGCACAGCCCUCUCCCGGCUGGCGUGCGACCCCACCCGCAGCACAGCCCUCCCCUCUCCCGGCGGGCGUGCGACCCCACCCGCAGCACAGCCCUCCCCUCUCCUGGCCUGCCUCAGCCCUCUCCCGGCUGGCGUGCGACCCCACCCGCAGCACAGCCCUCCCCCGGCUGGCGUGCGACCCCACCCGCAGCACAGCCCUCCCCUCUCCCGGCGGGAGUGCGACCCCACCCGCAGCACAGCCCUUCCCUCUCCCGGCUGACGUGCGACAACACCCGCAGCACAGCCCUCUCCCGGCUGGCGUGCGACCCCACCCGCAGCACAGCCCUCCCCUCUCCCUGCUGGCGUGCGACCCGACCCGCAGCACAGCCCUCUCCCGGCUGGCGUGCGACCCCACCCGCAGCACAGCCCUCCCCUCUCACCGCGGGCGUGAGACCCCACCCGCAGCACAGCCCUCUUCCGGCUGGCGUGCGACCCCACCCGCAGCACAGCCCUCCCCUCUCCCGGCAGGCGUGCGACCCCACCCGCAGAACAGCCCUCCCCUCUCCCGGCUGGCGUGCGACCCCAUCCGCUUUACAGCCCUCUCCCGGCUGGUGUGCGACCCCACCCGCAGCACAGCCCUCCCCUCUCCCAGUUGGCGUGCGACCCCACCCGCAGCACAGCCCUCUCCCGGCUGGCGUGCGACCCCACCCGCAGCACAGCCCUCCCCCGGCUGGCCUUCGACCCCACCCGCAGCACAGCCCUCCCCUCUCCCGGCGGGAGUGCGACCCCACCUGCAGCACAGCCCUCUCCCGGCUGGCGUGCGACCCCACCCGCAGCACAGCCCUCCCCUCUCCCGGCGGGCAUGCCAACCCACGUGCAUCACAGCCCUCCCCUCUCCCGGCUGGCAUGCAACCCCACCCGCAGCACAGCCCUCUCCCGGCUGGCGUGCGACCCCACCCGCAGCACAGCCCUCCCCUCUCCCGGCAGGCGUGCGACCCCACCUGCAGCACAGACCUCCCCUCUCACGGCUGGCGUGCGACCCCACUCGCAGCACAGCCCUCUCCCGGCUGGCGUGCGACCCCACCCGCAGCACAGCCCUCCCCUCUCCCGGCUGGCGUGCGACCCCACCCGCAGCACAGCCCUCUCCCGGCUGGCAUGUGACCCCACCCGCAGCACAGCCCUCCCCUCUCCCGGCUGGCGUGCGACCCCACCCGCAGCACAGCCCUCCCCUCUCCCGGCUGGCGUGCGACCCCACCCGCAGCACAGGCCUCCCCUCUCCCGGCUGGCGUGUGACCCCACUCGUCGCACAUCCCUCCCUUCUCCCAGCUGGCAUGCGACCCCACCCGCAGCACAGCCCUCUCCCGGCUGGUGUGCGACCCCACCCGCAGCACAGUCCUCCCCUCUCCCGGCUGGCGUGUGACCCCACCCGCAGCACAGCCCUCCCCUCUCCCGGCUGGCGUGCAACAACACCCGCAGCACAGCCCUCUCCCGGCUGGCGUGCGACCCCACCCGCAGCACAGCCCUCCCCUCUCCCGGCUGGCGUGCGACCCCACCCGCAGCACAGCCCUCUCCCGGCUGGCGUGCGACCCCACCCGCAGCACAGCCCUCUCCCGGCUGGCGUGCGACGCCACCCGCAGCACAGCCCUCUCCCGGCUGGCGUGCGACCCCACCCGCAGCACAGCCCUCCCCUCUCCCGGCGGGUGUGCGACCCCACCCGCAGUCCAGCCCUCUCCCGGCUGGCGUGCAACCCCACCCGCAGCACAGCCCUCCCCUCUCCCGGCGGGCGUGCGACCCCACCCGCAGCACAGCCCUCUCCCGGCUGGCGUGCGACCCCACCCGCAGCACAGCCCUCCCCUCUCCCGGCGGGCGUGCGACCCCACCCGCAGCACAGCCCUCUCCCAGCUGGCGUGCGACCCCACCCGCAGCACAGCCCUCCCCUCUCACGGCGGGCGUGCGACCCCACCCGCAGCACAGCGCUCUCCCGGCUGGCGUGCGACCCCACCCGCAGCACCGCCCUCCCCUCUCCCGGCGGGCGUGCGACCCCACCCGCAGCACAGCCCUCUCCUGGCUGGCGUGCGACCCCACCCGCAGCACAGCCCUCUCCCGGCUGGCGUGCGACCCCACCCGCAGCACAACCCUCCCCUCUCCCGGCGGGCGUGCGACACCACCCACAGCACAGCCCUCUCCCGGCUGGCGUGCGACCCCACCCGCAGCACAGCCCUCCCCUCUCCCGGUGGGCGUGCGAACCCACCUGCAGCACAGCCCUCUCCCGGCUGGCGUGCGACCCCACCCGCAGCACAGCCCUCCUUUCUCCCGGCGGGCGUGCGACCCCACCCGCAGCACAGCCCUCCCCUCUCUCACCUGGCGUGGGACCCCACCCGCAGCACAGCCCUCUCCCGGCUGGCGUGCGACCCCACCCGCAGCACAGCCCUCUCUCGGCUGGCAUGCGACCCCACCCGCAGCACAGCCCUCCCUCCCCCCGGCUGGCGUGCGACCCCACCCGCAGCAAAGCCCUUCCCUCUCUCGGCUGGCGUGCGACCCCACCCGCAGCACAGCCCUCCCCUCUCCCGGCUGGCGUGCGACCCCACCCGCAGCACAGCCCUCCCCUCUCCCGGCUGGCGUGCGACCCCACCCGCAGCACAGACCUCCCCUCUCCCGGCUGGCGUGCGACCCCACCCGCAGCACAGCCCUUCCUUCUCCCAGCUGGCGUGCGACCUUACCCGCAGCACAGCCCUCUCCAGGCUGGUGUGCGACCCCACCCGCAGCACAGCCCUCCCCUCUCCCGGCGGGCGUGCGACCCCACCUGCAGCACAGCCCUCUCCCGGCUGGCGUGCGACCCCACCCGCAGCACAACCCUCCCCUCUCCCGGCGGGCGUGCGACACCACCCACAGCACAGCCCUCUCCCGGCUGGCGUGCGACCCCACCUGCAGCACAGCCCUCCCCUCUCCCGGCUGGAGUGCGACCCCACCCGCAGCACAGCCCUCCCCUCUCCCGGCGGGCGUGCGACCCCACCCGCAGCACAGCCCUCCCCUCUCUCGGCUGGCGUGCGACCCCACCCGCAGCACAGCCCUCUCCCGGCUGGCGUGCGACCCCACCCGCAGCACAGCCCUCUCUCGUCUGGCAUGCGACCCCACCCGCAGCACAGCCCUCCCCUCUCACGGCGGGCGUGCGACCCCAGCCGCAGCACAGCGCUCUCCCGGCUGGCGUGCGACCCCACCCGCAGCACCGCCCUCCUCUCUCCCGGCGGGCGUGCGACCCCACCCGCAGCACAGCGCUCUCCCGGCUGGCGUGCGACCCCACCCGCAGCACCGCCCUCCCCUCUCCCGGCGGGCGUGCGACCCCACCCGCAGCACAGCCCUCUCCUGGCUGGCGUGCGACCCCACCCGCAGCACAGCCCUCUCCUGGCUGGCGUGUGACCCCACCCGCAGCACAACCCUCCCCUCUCCCGGCGGGCGUGCGACCCCACCCGCAGCACAGCCCUCUCCCGGCUGGUGUGCGACCCCACCCGCAGCACAGCCCUCCCCUCUCCCGGCGGGCGUGCGACCCCACCUGCAGCACAGCCCUCUCCCGGCUGGCGUGCGACCCCACCCGCAGCACAACCCUCCCCUCUCCCGGCGGGCUUGCGACACCACCCACAGCACAGCCCUCUCCCGGCUGGCGUGCGACCCCACCCGCAGCACAGCCCUCCCCUCUCCCGGCGGGCGUGCGACCCCACCCGCAGCACAGCCCUCCCCUCUCCCGGCGGGCGUGCGACCCCCACCCGCAGCACAGCCCUCCCCUCUCUCGGCUGGCGUGCGACCCCACCCGCAGCACAGCCCUCUCCUGGCUGGCGUGCGACCCCACCCGCAGCACAGCCCUCUCUCGUCUGGCAUGCAACCCCACCGCAGCACAGCCCUCCCUCCUCCCGGCUGGCGUGCGACCCCACCCGCAGCACAGCCCUCCCCUCUCCCGGCUGGCGUGCGACCCCACCCGCAGCACAGCCCUCCCCUCUCCCGGCUGGCGUGCGACCCCACCCGCAGCACAGCCCUCCCCUCUCCCGGCUGGCGUGCGACCCCACCCGCAGCACAGACCUCCCCUCUCCCAGCUGGCGUGCGACCCCACCCGCAGCACAGCCCUCCCUUCUCCCAGCUGGCGUGCGACCCCACCCGCAGCACAGCCCUCUCCCGGCUGCACAGCCCUCUCCCGGCUGGCGUGCGACCCCACCCGCAGCAGAGCCCUCCCCUCUCACGGCGGGCGUGCGACCCCACCCGCUUUACAGCCCUCUCCCGGCUGGCAUGCGACCCCACCCGCAGCACAGCCCUCCCCUCUCCCGUCUGGCGUGCGACCCCACCCGCAGCACAGCCCUCUCCCGGCUGGCGUGCGACCCCACCCGCAGCACAGCCCUCCCCUCUCCCGGCUGGCGUGCGACCCCACCCGCUUUACACCCCUCUCCCGGCUUGUGUGCGACCCCACCCGCAGCACAGCCCUCCCCUCUCCCGGCUGGCGUGUGACCCCACCCGCAGCACAGCCCUCCCCACUCCCGGCUGGCGUGCGACCCCACCCGCAGCACAGCCCUCUCCCGGCUGGCGUGCGACCCCACCCGCAGCACAGCCCUCCCCUCUCCCGGCUGGCGUGCGACCCCACCCGCAGCACAGCCCUUCCUUCUCCCAGCUGGCGUGCGACCUUACCCGCAGCACAGCCCUCUCCAGGCUGGUGUGCGACCCCACCCGCAGCACAGCCCUCCCCUCUCCCGGCGGGCGUGCGACCCCACCUGCAGCACAGCCCUCUCCCGGCUGGCGUGCGACCCCACCCGCAGCACAACCCUCCCCUCUCCCGGCGGGCGUGCGACACCACCCACAGCACAGCCCUCUCCCGGCUGGCGUGCGACCCCACCUGCAGCACAGCCCUCCCCUCUCCCGGCUGGAGUGCGACCCCACCCGCAGCACAGCCCUCCCCUCUCCCGGCGGGCGUGCGACCCCACCCGCAGCACAGCCCUCCCCUCUCUCGGCUGGCGUGCGACCCCACCCGCAGCACAGCCCUCUCCCGGCUGGCGUGCGACCCCACCCGCAGCACAGCCCUCUCUCGUCUGGCAUGCGACCCCACCCGCAGCACAGCCCUCCCCUCUCACGGCGGGCGUGCGACCCCAGCCGCAGCACAGCGCUCUCCCGGCUGGCGUGCGACCCCACCCGCAGCACCGCCCUCCUCUCUCCCGGCGGGCGUGCGACCCCACCCGCAGCACAGCGCUCUCCCGGCUGGCGUGCGACCCCACCCGCAGCACCGCCCUCCCCUCUCCCGGCGGGCGUGCGACCCCACCCGCAGCACAGCCCUCUCCUGGCUGGCGUGCGACCCCACCCGCAGCACAGCCCUCUCCUGGCUGGCGUGUGACCCCACCCGCAGCACAACCCUCCCCUCUCCCGGCGGGCGUGCGACCCCACCCGCAGCACAGCCCUCUCCCGGCUGGUGUGCGACCCCACCCGCAGCACAGCCCUCCCCUCUCCCGGCGGGCGUGCGACCCCACCUGCAGCACAGCCCUCUCCCGGCUGGCGUGCGACCCCACCCGCAGCACAACCCUCCCCUCUCCCGGCGGGCUUGCGACACCACCCACAGCACAGCCCUCUCCCGGCUGGCGUGCGACCCCACCCGCAGCACAGCCCUCCCCUCUCCCGGCGGGCGUGCGACCCCACCCGCAGCACAGCCCUCCCCUCUCCCGGCGGGCGUGCGACCCCACCCGCAGCACAGCCCUCCCCUCUCUCGGCUGGCGUGCGACCCCACCCGCAGCACAGCCCUCUCCUGGCUGGCGUGCGACCCCACCCGCAGCACAGCCCUCUCUCGUCUGGCAUGCAACCCCACCGCAGCACAGCCCUCCCUCCUCCCGGCUGGCGUGCGACCCCACCCGCAGCACAGCCCUCCCCUCUCCCGGCUGGCGUGCGACCCCACCCGCAGCACAGCCCUCCCCUCUCCCGGCUGGCGUGCGACCCCACCCGCAGCACAGCCCUCCCCUCUCCCGGCUGGCGUGCGACCCCACCCGCAGCACAGACCUCCCCUCUCCCAGCUGGCGUGCGACCCCACCCGCAGCACAGCCCUCCCUUCUCCCAGCUGGCGUGCGACCCCACCCGCAGCACAGCCCUCUCCCGGCUGGUGUGCGACCCCACCCGUAGCACAGCCCUCCCCUCUCCCGGCGGGCGUGCGACCCCACCUGCAGCACAGCCCUCUCCCGACUGGCGUGCGACCCCACCCGCAGCAGAGCCCUCCCCUCUCACGGCGGGCGUGCGACCCCACCCGCUUUACAGCCCUCUCCCGGCUGGCAUGCGACCCCACCCGCAGCACAGCCCUCCCCUCUCCCGUCUGGCGUGCGACCCCACCCGCAGCACAGCCCUCUCCCGGCUGGCGUGCGACCCCACCCGCAGCACAGCCCUCCCCUCUCCCGGCUGGCGUGCGACCCCACCCGCUUUACACCCCUCUCCCGGCUUGUGUGCGACCCCACCCGCAGCACAGCCCUCCCCUCUCCCGGCUGGCGUGUGACCCCACCCGCAGCACAGCCCUCCCCACUCCCGGCUGGCGUGCGACCCCACCCGCAGCACAGCCCUCUCCCGGCUGGCGUGCGACCCCACCCGCAGCACAGCCCUCCCCUCUCCCUGCUGGCGUGCGACCCCACCCGCAGCACUGCCCUCUCCCGGCUGGCGUGCGACCCCACCCGCAGCACAGCCCUCCCCUCUCCCGACUGGCGUGCGACCCCACCGGCUUUACAGCCCUCUCCCGGCUGGCGUGCGACCCCACCCGCAGCACAGCCCUUCCCUCUCUCGGCUGGCGUGCGACCCCACCCGCAGCACAGCCCUCCCCUCUCCCGGCUGGCGUGCGACCCCACCCGCAGCACAGCCCUCCCCUCUCCCGGCUGGAGUGCGACCCCACCCGCAGCACAGACCUCCCCUCUCCCGGCUGGCGUGCGACCCCACCCGCAGCACAGCCCUUCCUUCUCCCAGCUGGCGUGCGACCUUACCCGCAGUACAGCCCUCUCCCGGCUGGUGUGCGACCCCACCCGCAGCACAGCCCUCCCCUCUCCCGGCGGGCGUGCGACCCCACCUGCAGCACAGCCCUCUCCCGGCUGGCGUGCGACCCCACCCGCAGCACAACCCUCCCCUCUCCCGGCGGGCGUGUGACACCACCCACAGCACAGCCCUCUCCCGGCUGGCGUGCGACCCCACCCGCAGCACAGCUCUCCCCUCUCCCGGUGGGCGUGCGACCCCACCUGCAGCACAGCCCUCUCCCGGCUGGAGUGCGACCCCACCCGCAGCACAGCCCUCCCCUCUCCCGGCGGGCGUGCGACCCCACCCGCAGCACAGCCCUCCCCUCUCUCGGCUGGCGUGCGACCCCACCCGCAGCACAGCCCUCUCCCGGCUGGCGUGCGACCCCACCCGCAGCACAGCCCUCUCUCGGCUGGCAUGCGACCCCACCCGCAGAACAGCCCUCCCCUCUCUCGGCUGGCGUGCGACCCCACCCGCAGCACAGCCCUCCCCUCUCCCGGCUGGCGUGCGACCCCACCCGCAGCACAGCCCUCCCCUCUCCCGGCUGGCGUGCGACCCCACCCGCAGCACAGCCCUCCCCUCUCCCGGCUGGCGUGCGACCCCACCCGCAGCACAGCCCUCCCCUCUCCCGGCUGGCGUGCGACCCCACCCACAGCACAGCCCUCCCCUCUCCCUGCUGGCGUGCGACCCCACCCGCAGCACAGCCCUCUCCCGGCUGGCGUGCGACCCCACCCGCAGCACAGCCCUCCCCUCUCCCGACUGGCGUGCGACCCCACCCGCUUUACAGCCCUCUCCCGGCUGGUGUGCGACCCCACCCGCAGCACAGCCCUCCCAUCUCCCGGCUGGCGUGCGACCCCACCCGCAGCACAGCCCUCUCCCGGCUGGCGUGCGACCGUACCCGCAGCACAGCCCUCCCCUCUCCCGGCGGGCGUGCGACCCCACCCGCAGCACAGCCCUCUCCCGGCUGGCGUGCGACCCCACCCGCAGCACAGCCCUCCCCUCUCCCGGCGGGCGUGCGACCCCACCCGCAGCACAGCCCUCCCCUCUCCCGGCGGGCGUGCGACGCCACCCGCAGCACAGCCCUCUCUCGGCUGGCGUGCGACCCCACCCGCAGCACAGCCCUCCCCUCUCAUGGCGGGUGUGCGACCCCACCCGCAGCACAGCCCUCUCCCGGCUGGCGUGCGACCCCACCCGCAGCACAGCCCUCCCCUCUCCCGGCGGGCGUGCUACCCCACCCGCAGCACAGCCCUCUCCCGGCUGGCGUGCGACCCCACCCGCAACACAGCCCUCCCCUCUCAUGGCGGGCGUGCGACCCCACCCGCAGCACUGCCCUCUCCCGGCUGGCGUGCGACCUCACCCGCAGCACCGCCCUCCCCUCUCCCGGCGGGCGUGCGACCCCACGCGCAGCACAGCCCUCUCCUGGCUGGCGUGCGACCCCACCCGCAGCACAGCCCUCCCCUCUCCCGGCUGGCGUGCGACCCCACCCGCAGCACAGCCCUCUCCCGGCUGGCGUUCGACCCCACCCGCAGCACAGCCCUCCCCUCUCCCGGUGGGCGUGCGACCCCACCCGCAGCACAGCCCUCUCCCGGCUGGCGUGCGACCCCAUCCGCAGCACAGCCCUCCCCUCUCCCGGCGGGCGUGCGACCCCACCUGCAGCACAGCCCUCUCCCGCCUGGCGUGCAACCCCACCCGCAGCACAGCCCUCCCCUCUCCCGGCGGGCGUGCGACCCCACCCGCAGCACAGCCCUCCCCUCUCUCGGCUGGCGUGCGACCCCACCCGCAGCACAUCCCUCUCCCGGCUGGCGUGCGACCCCACCCGCAGCACAGCCCUCUCCCGGCUGGCAUGUGACCCCACCUGCAGCACAGCCCUCCCCUCUCCUGGCAGGCAUGCGACCCAACCCGCAGCACAGCCCUCCCUCCUCCCGGCUGGCGUGCGACCCCACCCGCAGCACAGCCCUCCCCUCUCUCGGCUGGCGUGCGACCCCACCCGCAGCACAGCCCUCCCCUCUCCCGGCUGGCGUGCGACCCCACCCGCAGCACAGCCCUCCCCUCUCCUGGCUGGCGUGCGACCCCACCCGCAGCACAGAUCUCCCCUCUCCCGCCUGGUGUGCGACCCCACCCGCAGCACAGCCCUCCCUUCUCCCAGCUGGCGUGCGACCCCACCCGCAGCACAGCCCUCUCCCGGCUGGUGUGCGACCCCACCCGCAGCACAGCCCUCCCCUCUCCCGGCUGGCGUGUGA